AUGACAAUGAUGGGGUUGUUGCAUUCUGUUGCUUUGUCCACACAGUUUCUUCUCAUCUUCUCAUCCUCCCUGUUUACAAACUGUUUAACUUUGAAUGAUUCAACUACUACUCAUCAUCAUGAAUGCCAUCAACAUGAAAGCAAUGCCUUGCUCAGCUUUAAACAAAGCUUCUUCAUAAGUAAGUCUGCAUCUUACAAUACUUUCAGUUAUCCUAAAACUGUUUCCUGGAUUCCAACCACAGAUUGCUGCUCCUGGGAUGGCAUUGAAUGCGAUGAGCUCACAGGUCAUGUCAUUUCCAUUGAUCUUAGUAGCAGCCAGCUCUAUGGUUCCAUGGAUGCCAAUAGCACCCUUUUCUCACUUGUGCAUCUUCAAAGCCUUGAUCUUUCGGACAAUGGCUUCAAUCACUCGCAAAUUUCAGCAAGGAUAGCUAUAUUGAAGCUUGAUUUUCCAUUUAUCAACCGUUUACAACUCAAGGUAUCCACUCUGCAAAGCUUAAUUCAAAACUCAAGAAGACUUGAACAACUUCGCCUUAAUUUUGUCACCAUUUCAUCAUCUUUACCUCACACGCUCACAAACCUUACAUCUCUGCAAAAGCUCUCUUUUUGCCGAUGUGAACUACAUGGUGAGUUUCCUAUCGGAAUAUUCUCUCUUGCAAACUUAACAUAUUUGAAUUUUGCGGAAAACCGAAAUCUGCAGGGCACAUUACCUGCAUCCAUUGGAAACCUGACCAAUUUAGCUCACUUGAUUCUUGAAGAUAAUGUCUUUCAUGGUGAAAUCCCUCGCUCUCUUUUUGGAUUAGAGAAUCUUGUAACUUUAGAUCUAUUUUCUAAUUUUUUCGAAGGCCGCCUAGCACUUGACAUGUUUUUGAAGCUAAAGAUGCUUAAUGUUCUUGAUUUGUCUUUCAACAAAUUGUCCUUGUUCUCACAAAAUAGGGAUGUCAAUGUGACAAUCCUUCCUCCAAUUCAAUCGUUAGGAUUGAGUGGGUGCAAUUUAAAUGGAGAAAUCCCAACUUGGAUAAUGAAUCUAACCGCUUUAAAUAGCUUGGGCCUUUCUCGAAAUAAUCUUCAAGGUGAAAUUCCAUAUUUCUUCUUCAGGUUAGAAAAUCUUACAGUUCUCGAUCUAAUUCAUAAUAUAUUUGAAGGACAGAUCGAGCUUGACAUGCUUUCAAAGCUCCAAAAGCUUACUAUUCUUUCUUUAGGCGGAGGCAACAAACUGUAUUUUCUUGAAGGGAAGAACACUUCCAACGUAACAAUUCCUUCUCAAAUUCCUUUUCAAAAAACAAGUAUUCAUUGA